AUGUCCGACUCGAUCGUCUUUAUUACCGGUGCUAAUACCGGUCUCGGCCUAGAAAUUGUCAAAGCAUUGUUUCGGUCCUCCAAGGCAUAUACAGUUCUACUUGGAGGGCGCAGCAUAGAAAAUGCCGAGAACACAGCAUGCCAGGUACGGGAGGAGUACCCCGACAGUAGUGCAAUCGCUGUACCGAUACAGGUUGACAUUGAAGACGACGAGUCGAUCAGAAAGGCGUGUGACUACAUUCGCAGCCAUUAUGCACGAGUGGAUGUGUUGAUCAACAAUGCAGGCGCUUCAUUUGACCAGCAAUGGAAUCGUGAUGGUGGACCGACGAUGCGAGAGAUAUGGAAUCGCUCAUGGAAUGUCAACACGACCGGGACUCACAUUUUGACUUACACCUGCGCACCGCUUCUGCUCCAAUCGGCCGAUCCUCGACUUCUCUUCAUCACCAGUGGUACGUCCACUCUGACCGAGAGUGACAACUUGGUGCUGGGAGUCAAUCGGUCUCCGGAGAAAGGGUGGCCUAAAUCGAGUCUCAUGAUUCCGGCCUAUCGGUCUAGUAAGACUGGUAUGAAUAUGAUGAUGCGCGAAUGGACGCGGAUUUUUAAGGAAGACGGAGUCAAGGCAUGGUGUGUGUCUCCGGGGUUUCUGGCGACGGGGCUAGGCGGCGAUCAGGAAAUGAAUAAGCGGAUGGGGGCGAUCGAUCCAACAAUUGGCGCGGAGUUUGUGCGGGAUGUUGUGGAGGGGGCACGGGAUCAGGAUGUUGGGCGAGUUAUCCGUCGUGACAAUGUUCAGCCAUGGUAG